CCUAAUAAAAGUCUCUUUUAGUUUAAGCUAGCUAGUAUCUAGCUAGACACAUACCUUAGGAAUCAUAACUAAAAGUCCUUUUUUUGGGGGGGAAGAUUUGUAAGAACAACAAAGACAUUAAUGCAAAUUCAAGUUCAAAUUCUUCCAGCUGCAAAAACAUGCAUCUAUAAACACAAAACCUAUCCCAUGCAUAUCCACAACUAUACCAUUUAUAUUAUAUGAUCACUGAAAACGUCUUUAUUGCAUGACAAAAAUCCUUCCUUUUUCUUCCCCUUUAAACCACGCAAUACACCAUUUCAUCUUCACACUAAUAUAUCUCCAAACUACUAUGUUUUUAUCUAUCUAGCUAGUUUGUUUUUUUUCUCCUUAAAAACCCAAAAGAAAAAUCUUCACAAAUUUCAUGCUUUCUUUCUAAUAAUAAUAUUAACUUCAUCAUCAUAUUAUUAUCAUGAGUACUAAUUCUACCAAUACUACCAAACAACAAUCCAUGCAUCAUAUAUCAUCUUAUCAUGAAACUUCUUCAUUAACCACCAAUAAUACUACCUUUGUCCAAGCUAACCCUUCCAACUUUCGUGCCAUCGUCCAGCACCUCACCGGCUCUCGUUCGAAAAGCGGCACGGCUAAGCAGCCUGUUUUGGACGUGGAUAACACCGCAACCGCAGCUUUUAAGCUUCAUGAGAGGAGGUUGCAACAAAGUCAAGGUGGUAUUAAAAAGUUGGACAUGAUCAAGCUUAAUGAUAAUAGUCCUCGUUAUCAUGGGCCUAUAAAUGGGCUUAUUAGGGCCCGAGGUGGGAAUGAAGUUGCUAUGGUUUCACCUGUUUCAACUUUGGAUGGGCUGGGCCUUGGGGUGGGAAGCCCAAGCCCAAGGAAUGGCCCUAGAAGUAGAAGUAGUAUGAGUGAGGAAGAAGAAAGGGUUGUUAUUGCUGAAAAAGGGUUUUAUUUGCACCCGGUUAGUCCAUUAAGUUGUAAUCUUAGAGAUAAUGAACCUCAACUCUUGCCUUUGUUUCCUCUUCAUUCUCCUAGAGAUAAUCAGGAUUGAAAUUAAUUAAUUGUGCUUAAUUAAUUAAUUAAUUAGCUCUAUGAUUUUGUUUAUUUUUACUAUUAUUAGUAGUUGUUAUUGGAAAAUAUAGAAGUUAAUUUGUCCAUCAAAUUUCUAAUAUAUGGUUGUCUCAUAUAUUAUUAUUCAAUCAAUAAGAUUUAUUAGGUA